CCAACCUCCAUUUUCUCGCCUAAUAAUAACUAUUGGGCUUCGUAUUGUCCGUCCUCUAUGCAGGCCAUAUAAAUUUGCGUGCGCUCGAUCCUACAUACACAGUACUUGGGUUUCCACAUCUGCGUCUGAUUCCCCUACCGUCGGCGCCCAAGAUGACUCUCCUUCAGUAUCCUGCGCCAGUUGACUACGCCGCGCAGCAGGAGGCGUUCAAGGACUUUCUCAAGCACUUCAAGAGCUUUGAUUCGGCAUCUGAUGCAGCGGCAACAGAGGCAAUUGAAGAUCUGCGCAUUGAUGGCGACCGUACCGAAGACGAAUACGAUUUCAUGGAUGAUGCCGAAGAGGGGCGAGGUCAGACAGCUCGCCGACGCCGCGAUCCCAAAAACAAAUAUAUGCAAACUCUUCAGGACAUUGCAAAUAGGGACAGCAACAGCAUUCUAAUUGAACUAGACGAUCUUCAAACAUUCGAAAAAGCCCUCCCUGACGACUCGGACCUGAAACUGGUGGAAUCGAUUCAAGGAAACACAAAGCGUUACAUCGACGUUUUCUCGAAUGCUGUGGAUGCAAUAAUGCCAAAGGAGACAAAAGAGAUUUCCUUCAAAGAUGACGUGCUUGACAUUAUCAUGUCACAACGUGACAAGCGCAACGAGACGGUUCAAAUGGCCACGGAGGCAGAGAUGGACAGUGGGCCACCGCAAUCAAUGUUUCCACCCGAAUUGACUCGGCGCUACACUUUGAACUUCAAGCCGUUGACACCGUCUGGGUCCAGCAGUGAGAAAAGCUCAAAGGCUCUAGCAGUGCGCCAUGUGCGAGGAGAGCACCUUGGUAUGCUUAUUACUGUUAGGGGUAUCGUAACACGAGUCUCCGAUGUCAAGCCAGCUGUCAAAAUCAAUGCAUAUACGUGCGACCGAUGCGGAAGCGAGGUUUUCCAACCUAUUACUUCAAAGUCAUUUUUGCCUAUGACAGAAUGCCCCUCUGAUGAAUGUGUUGCCAAUAACUCGAAAGGACAGCUCUUCCUGUCGACUCGGGCCUCGAAAUUUAUUCCGUUCCAGGAGGUCAAAAUCCAGGAAAUGGCAGAUCAGGUACCCGUCGGCCAUAUCCCUCGCUCUCUUACCGUACACUGCAAUGGCACUCUAACAAGACAACUGAACCCUGGAGAUGUUGUCGAUAUUGCGGGUGUUUUCCUCCCAACUCCGUAUACUGGGUUCCGGGCAAUUCGCGCCGGUCUGCUUACCGACACUUACUUGGAGGCUCAGUAUAUCACUCAACACAAAAAGGCCUACGAUACCAUGAUUAUGGAUUCCCGGACUCUGCGGAGAAUUGAGCAGUACAGGAACUCUGGGCAUAUGUAUGAAUAUCUUGCUCGGUCUAUUGCUCCUGAAAUUUACGGCCAUCUUGAUGUGAAAAAGGCUUUGUUGCUGUUGUUGAUUGGUGGUGUUAGUAAGGAUAUGGCGGAUGGCAUGCAUAUCCGUGGUGACAUCAACAUUUGUCUCAUGGGUGACCCUGGUGUGGCCAAAUCUCAAUUACUCAGAUAUAUCUGCAAGGUUGCUCCUCGGGGCAUUUACACCACUGGCCGAGGUAGCAGUGGCGUAGGUCUUACUGCUGCCGUCAUGCGGGACCCUGUUACGGACGAAAUGGUUUUGGAAGGAGGUGCUCUUGUUCUCGCUGAUAACGGCAUCUGCUGUAUCGAUGAAUUCGACAAAAUGGACGACUCAGACAGAACUGCAAUCCAUGAAGUCAUGGAGCAACAGACUAUCUCUAUUUCCAAGGCGGGUAUCACCACAACAUUGAAUGCCAGAACAUCAAUUCUGGCAGCAGCCAAUCCUCUGUAUGGCCGUUAUAACCCUCGAAUUUCACCCGUCGAGAACAUUAAUCUUCCAGCUGCCCUUCUCUCCCGUUUCGAUGUCAUGUUCCUCAUGCUUGACACACCAUCUCGUGAUGCUGAUGAAGAGCUAGCCAAUCAUGUGACAUAUGUGCACAUGCACAACAAGCACCCAGAAACCAGCGAGAACUCGGUCGUUUUCAGCCCUAACGAGGUUCGCCAAUAUAUUGCUCGUGCUCGGUCUUACCGCCCUGUGGUUCCCAAGCAAGUUUCUGAUUAUAUGGUGGGAGCAUAUGUUGGCAUGCGUAAGCAACAAAAACGGGAUGAAGCAAGUAAUCGACAAUUCUCGCACGUCACACCCCGUACACUCUUGGGUGUUGUACGCUUGUCACAAGCCCUGGCCCGUCUUCGCUUCAGCGACGUUGUCGUUCCAGAGGAUGUUGACGAAGCCCUGCGUCUUGUUGAAGUCAGCAAGGCCUCUCUGUCCAACGACUCUAGCGCAGCAACGGACCAAACCCCUACAAGCAAGAUUUACAACCUGAUCCGCGGCAUGCGUGAAAGUGGUGCUGCUGCUGCUGGCGAUGGAGAAGACGGCCAACUCAGCUUGCGCAAGGUCCGCGAGCGGGUGUUGGCCAAGGGCUUCACAGAAGAUCAGCUAACACAGACGAUCGAGGAGUACGCGGAAAUGAAUGUUUGGCAAAUCGCCGGCAAUGGCACCCGCCUUGUUUUCAUUGAUGUUGGCGACGAUGACGAUGAUAUGCAUUUGUAGAAUAGGAGAUCGUUGUCUUUUGUUCGAACUUAUGGUUUUUUUAUUUAUUGGGUUUGGCUGACCAUACAGGGAUCGAGCGAUAUCAUUUUUUUGCGUUACGGAGUGAAAUGUCGGCAUAAGGUAGCCAUUAGUGGUAAAUUUAUCGAGAAAACACAUUUGGUUUAUUCACGCUAAACAUAU